AUGGUAUCUACAUCAAAGGCAAAGAAGGGAAGGAUUUCUUUUAUCAUUUUCCUUUAUAUGGAUGAUCUCCUUGUAGUUGGUAGUUGUGAAACUAAAACUGAGCAGUUCAAGGAUAAGAUGAAACAAGUAUUUGAAAUGACUGAUUUGGGCAAGGUAGCUUAUUUUCUUGGCAUGGAACUUCUAUCUACCUCAUGUGGAAUGAUUUUGCACCAAUCUAAAUUUGCAAAAGAGAUCCUGACAAAAUUCAACAUGUUAGAGUGUAACAUUGUAGUCACACAAGCUGAAACAAAUUUGAAAUUAGUGAGUUCAGAUGAAGGCGAAGAAGAUGAAGUGGAUGCUACCAUAUUAAGACAGCUAGUAGGUUCCUUGAGGUACUUGUGUCUAAGCAGGCCAAACAUCUCCUAUGGAGUUGGUUUAGUGAACAGGUUCAUGAGCAACCCUAUCAAACAACAUUUCAAUUCUAGAAAAAAGAUAAUGAAGGACGUUAAUGGCACACUUUAUUAUGGUCUCGUCUUUUUGCAAGACAAAGGCAACAACAUACUCAAACUAACUAGUUUUUUAUGCUGA